AUGUGCCAAGCGGAGUUUGAGAUGGCCUGCGCCGCUAUCAAGCAGUUGAAGGGACCUGUGAGUGAUCAGGAGAAACUGUUGGUGUACAGCUUCUACAAACAGGCCACCCAGGGCGACUGCAAUAUCCCUGCCCCGCCUGCCACAGAUGUGAUAGCCAAGGCCAAGUGGGAUGCAUGGAACAAGAACCAAGGGAUGUCAAAGAUGGACGCCAUGAGGAUCUAUAUUGCUAAAGUGGAAGAACUGAAGAAAAACGACGCUGGUUAA